CCGGUUUUUGUGUAUGAUAUGGUAACGAAGCGAAUGCUGAAGAAAGAAGUGCGAAUUGUACCGGGAUUGCUGAAAAUUUUCGACGAAAUUUUGAAAGAAGUGCGAAUUGUACCGGGCUUGCUGAAAAUUUUCGACGAAAUUUUGGUCAAUGCUGCCGAUAAUAAGAGGCGCGAUCCACAGAUGAGCACCAUCCUGCAUAUAAAAGCAUUAAAUUUCUGGGAUUUUCCAGGUGGCCGAAAUGGAUUUGGUGCUAAGCUGUGCAAUAUUUUCAGUACAGAAUUUUCGGUGGAAACAUGCUCGAAGCAGUCAGGAUUGCGUUUCUUUCAAUGCUGGCGCGACAACAUGAAUGAGGUGGAUGAGCCGGUCAUCGAGGAUGCCAGUGGCUCAGAAACAAUUGACUAUACCUGUGUUACUUUCAAACCAGACCUGAGUAAAUUUAAAUUGACCAGCCUGGACUCGAAUACAGUGGACGUGAUGAUACGGCGAGUUGUCGAUGUCGCUGGCACUCUGGACGGCGUAAACGUCUUCCUGAACGGUACCAAAGUCGAGGUUUCAGGAUUUGAAGAUUAUGUGAAAUUAUUUGCCCCGAAUUCCUCGGAAAAUGACGAUGACAGUAACAGUCCAUAUUAUGUCACUGUGAAUGAUCGGUGGCAAAUUGCCGUAGCACGAAGUGACAUUGGAUUCCAGCAGAUUAGCUUUGUCAACAAUAUCAACACCCUGAAGGUUUUUCUGCCAGUUUUUCUUGAAACUCAUUCAGUUUUUUUCUGA